UUUAAAAAUAUUUUCAAAUGCCGAAUUUUAUCUUCAUAUUAAUUAAUGUACCGUUAAAAUACAAUAACCCAAAACACAUUUCCAAGAAUACUACGAACGAACAAAAUCCCGCGUGUAUCGGCGACGUAAAGUGGGAAUUCAUUAAUGAAAUGGUAAACAAAGAGCAGCACAACAGACAAGUACCGUUUCGCUAGCCAGCUUCAAAACGUAAACAUUAACCAUUACACAUACCAUAGCUGUAGCUAGCUAAACUUUGGUUUAGAAAUGGUUACAUCGAUUGUUGAUAAUGACCAGGCUGUACCUGCUACAGGUAUUUGUGCAAAUCAACAAUACAAUGAGCGGAAAGAGGUCCUUUUGGACCAAGGAGAUGGAAUGCUAGAUGCUGGAAACUUGACAAAGUGUAAAAAUGCUGUGUGUUACAUAUAUUGCAAUUCCGAAGAUAGUGUUAGACGUGGUACUGGUUUUUUUGCCACAUUGAAAAUUGCUGACACAGAACAUCAUGUUAUUGUUACAAAUAAUCACGUGAUAAAUAACAAAGAAGAUGCCGCCAAUGCUGUUGCAAGAUUUCAUUAUGAAGGAAAUUUACCAGGUGCCGACGCCCGUCUCAUGCCUGAUGUCUUGUUCUAUACCGAAGAGGUGUUGGACUACACAAUCAUUGGCUGUGAUCAUGAUUUAAUUCAGCAUAAUUUCUGCAUUGAUCCAAUUGAAUUCCAAAACGAAGAAAACAUCAACAUUGGUGAUGACAUUUUUAUAUUUCAGCAUCCAAAAGGAGAAACAAAGAAAUUUAGCUAUGAAAAAAUAUCGAAUAUUGGUCGUCCCUUUGUUUACUAUAACGCUGACACGGAUAUUGGAUCCUCUGGUAGUGUCGUAUUGCGCAAGUUCAAACCUAUUGCAAUUCACUGUAAGGGGAGUGACUCUUUGAGAUAUAACAAAGGAACUCUUUGCAGUGAAAUACUUAAUCAUCUGAAUUAUGGGACUUAUACAACUCCUAAGCCUGUAACAGAAUCAGCUGAUCAAUUGAAAAGAAGGUUGAGUGAGCAAGGUGACAACCAGAGAAAUAGGGAUACGCCUAUGACACCAAGUCCUAGCAAAAAAUACUGCACGGUUGAUCUCACCUUAAGUGCGCAGCCCAGUGAAGAAACAUUGGAAGAACUAUCCAAAGAUAUCGCCACUUAUUGGAAACAUCUAGGACGAAAACUCAAAGUACCAAAUUCUAAAAUCGAAAUGAUUCAUAAGGACCAUAUAAAUUAUGAUGACAUUGCAGAAAAAGCGUUUCAAAUGUUAUUAGCUUGGAAAGAUGGUGGAGGUAGCUGUGCAACGAAUCAGGUUUUGAAGGAUGCUUUGAUAGCGUAUGGGAAGGUUGAUACAGCUCGAAAACAUUUCUCGUAAAAUUAUGACAUAAUGCAUCAUUGUUAAGACUGAGGAUGAAGGAGGUGAGCAGAAUUAUGCCGUCAGAAUAAACUUCUCCGCAGGUAAUUAAAUGAUGGAAUAAUGUAUCAAUGUUAGUUUUUGCUUUGUUUCUUGUACACUCGACAUGAAGUGGAGUGAAAGAGAAGAGCUGAAUUAUGCUGUCGGGAUAAACUCAGAUGGAGCUUUUUCUUAUUUUGUUAUGUUUCAUCUUAUCUCCUUGGCUGUGUUUUUUUUCUUUGAUCCAUGCUUUUUUCUUUCAUUUUUAUAUGUAUUUAGUUAUAUUUAUCAUAUUUUUAGCCUUAAUAUUUUAUUUGUAUAUAUUUGAAGAAACAUAGGGUAUAUAACAAAUUUAUCGACUUUUUUUUUCCAUCUGGAAAUUUGCAGUUGGAAAUAAAUACAUAUUGUUGUUCCAUA